AUGCAUACUGACAAAGAAGCUCGUUAUCCUAAGCAACGAUAUGCCAGUUAUGUGGCUACUAUGAUGUAUGUAGAUAUAGUGCCUCAUAUGUUACCAAGGAGAGGCCAUCUAGAAGUGAUCGACACUACUUUCGGGGACUUGCCCCAUAUGUUCUUCGAGGACUAUAUUUGUCGUAGUCGUCCUAUACCCCAAUUCUCGACCAAUGUAGCUCUCGACCAAUGUAGCCCAAGCGGCUUUCUGCAUGGCAAAGCUAGCCACUGUAACACAGAGCAUGACUCAGAAUGUUGCAAGACGGGAGAAAAGUACCCCCAAUACUACUGCUCACCACCAAUCUCUUAUGAAACACACGCCACUAUGACGAUCAAUAGCUUCGCCAAAGGUGGAGAUGGUGGAGGCCCAUCGAAAUGCGAUGGCAAGUAUCACAAUGAUGAUGAGAAGGUGGUGGCGCUUUCUACCAGGUGGUAUGAUCAUGGUAGCCAAUUCUUGAAGACAAUUAAGAUCAAUGUGAACGGAAAGUCGGUGUUGGCUAAAGUUGUGGAUGAAUGCGACUCUGUAAAGGGUUGUGAUGCUGAUCAUGAUUUUCAGCCACCAUGUCACAAUAAUAUUGUUGAUGCUUCUCCAGCCGUUUGGGAUGCAUUGGGAAUGUCUGGAGAUGAUGUUGGCGACUACCAAAUCAACUGGUCCGACCAAUGUAGCCCAAGCGGCUUCCUGCAUGGCAAAGCUAGCCACUGCAACACAGAACAUGACUCAGAAUGUUGCAAGGCGGGAGAAAAGUACCCUCAAUACUACUGCUCACCGCCAAUCUCUUAUGAAACACGCGCCACUAUGACGAUCAAUAGCUUCGCCAAAGGUGGAGAUGGUGGCGGCCCAUCGGAGUGUGAUGGCAAGUAUCACAGUGAUAAUGAGAAGGUGGUGGCACUUUCCACUGGGUGGUAUGAUCAUGGUAGCCGAUGCUUGAAGACAAUUAAGAUUAAUGCGAACGGAAAGUCAGUGUUGGCUAAAGUUGUGGAUGAAUGCGACUCUGUAUAUGGUUGUGAUGCUGAUCAUGAUUUUCAGCCGCCAUGCCACAAUAAUAUUGUUGAUGCUUCUCCAGCCGUUUGGGAUGCAUUGGGAAUGUCUGGAGAUGAUGUUGGCGACUAUCAAAUCACCUGGUCUUUUGCUUGA